AUGCAGGCGAAACGUAAGCUCCAGCAGCUGGCGGACCAUGUCACUAUUCGUCUGGCAAGUGGCGAAGUUAGACUUAUCCACAAGGACUGCUGCGCAACUAUUGGUGUUGCGAGCAAUGCCUAUUUCAAAUAUGGACAGCUUGGGAAAGCUGGGCGAAGCAGGUGGUUGAAUAUUCGUCCCACUGUUCGUGGUCUUGCUAUGAACGCAAAGGACCAUCCGCAUGGUGGUGGACGAGGAAAGUCGAAGGGAAAUGUCGAUCCAAAAAGUCCUUGGGGCAAGCCGGCCAAAUCUGGCUAUAAAACCCGACCGAAGAACCGCAUUAAUAAGGCUGUCGUUGUUCCACGCGUACGGAACCAAGGCAAACGUCGCAGAGGUUACAACUAA